AUGGCAGAGACUGCAGCCCUGCCYGCAGGCUUCGGGGAACUGGAGGUGCUGGCUGUGGGGACGGUGCUGCUGGUGGAAGCUCUCUCUGGUCUCAGCCUCAAUGGCCUGACCAUCUUCUCUUUCUGCAAGACCCCGGAGCUGCGGACUCCCAACCACCUGCUGCUGCUGAGUUUGGCCGUGGCGGACAGUGGAAUCAGCCUGAAUGCCCUCAUUGCAGCCAUAUCCAGCCUCCUCCGUGUCUCCCACAGGCGCUGGCCCUAUGGCUCCGAUGGCUGCCAGGCUCAYGGCUUCCAGGGCUUUGUGACAGCGUUGUCCAGCAUCUGCGGCAGCGCAGCCAUCGCCUGGGGGCGCUACCACCACUACUGCACCCGCAGCCAGCUGGCGUGGAACACGGCCAUCCCCCUGGUGCUCUUUGUGUGGCUGUCUUCCACCUUCUGGGCAGCACUCCCCCUCCUGGGCUGGGGCCACUAUGACUAUGAGCCCCUGGGAACAUGCUGCACCCUGGACUACUCCAGAGGGGACAGAAACUUCAUCAGUUUCCUCUUCACCAUGGCCUUUUUCAAUUUUUUCGUGCCUCUCUUCAUCACCCUCACAUCUUACCGGCUCAUGGAGCAGAAAUUGGCAAGGAGUGGCCAUCUCCAGGUGAACACCACUCUGCCAGUCAGGCUGCUGCUGCUCGGCUGGGGCCCCUAUGCCCUCCUGUAUAUAUUUGCAACCAUCAUGGAUGUGAGCUCCCUCUCCCCCAAACUUCGAAUGGUGCCUGCCCUCAUUGCCAAAAUGAUGCCCACAAUCAAUGCCAUCAACUAUGCCCUGCGUGGCGAGAUGUUCUCCGGGGGAAUAUGGCAGUGCCUGUCACCACAGAGGAGCAAGCAAGACAGAGCCCAGUGA